AUGUUGAGCCAAUUGCUUGCCUUGCUGGCCGUCUGGCUUUUUGUCGGUUGGACGUCGGUUGCAAGCGGCCACGGCGCAUUUGUCAGCAUGCCGAGGCCAAGCGAGGCGCACCGUCGAAGGCAAUCGUGUUUGCAACGUGAAGCGCGAGCGCCGGCGAUGCUGUCGCGCCUCGGCCCGCCGCCUCCGUCCGUCCGUACGUCCGUCCGUCCGCCACCCUCCGCUCCACACGCCGACACAAAUGGCCACCGCUGCACCACCGCUCUGUCUUUUCCCAUUCACCUCUUCCCUCCUCCCUCCUCCCUCCUCCCAGCACACUCGGUCAUCCGGCACACACUCAGUCGUCGUCUAUUUACUGGCAAUUUCCGAGUUCGGUUUCGCUUUCAGUUUCAGUUUCGGUUUUGUUUUUUUGCUUUCGGUUUCGUUUUCGCUGCCACGUUUGGUCCACCGGCGGUUGCAAAUGCAGUCGGCGGGCGCUGUGAGUGUGCAGCCGAGGCGUGCUGA